GCAGUGAGUUAGUUCAGAAGAACAGAAGUGAAUGACAGGGAUGAUACCUGUGAGGAGUUUCUCAGCCUGAUCAUCAUGCUACAGAGGGGUUUGAUGACGACUAGAAGCAUGCUUUCACUGAACUUCCCGACACCAUUUGUUACACAGAAUGUCUCUGAGUGAGAACGCGGUUUUUGCCUAUGAAUCUUCGGUACACAGCACCAAUGUCUUGCUCAGCCUCAACGACCAGCGGAAGAAGGACGUGCUGUGUGACGUCACUGUCCUCGUGGAGGGCCAGCGGUUCCGCGCCCACCGGUCUGUGUUGGCGGCAUGCAGCAGUUACCUCUACUCGAGAAUCGUAGGCCAGGCCGAUGCAGAGCUUAACAUUACUCUACCAGAAGAGGUGACAGUUAAAGGAUUUGAACCUUUAAUUCAGUUUGCCUACACUGCCAAACUGAUUUUGAGUAAGGACAAUGUGGAUGAAGUGUGCAAGUGUGUGGAAUUUUUAGGUGUACGUGACAUUGAGGAAUCCUGCUUUCAGUUUCUCAAAUUUAAGUUUUUGGACUCCACUGCUGACCAGCAAGAAUGCCUAAGAAAAAAAUGUAUCCCGUCACACUGUCAAAAAGCAGACCUUAAAUUUUCACUUUUGGACCAGAGGGAUUUAGAAAUUGACGAAGUGGAGGAAUUUUUGGAAAAUAAAAAUGUCCAGACUCCUCAGUGGAAACUGCAUAGAUAUCAGGCAAAUGCAAAAGUAUCAUCUCCUCUGCAAGACAGUGCCAGUCAAACCUGUGAAUCCAUGUGCUUAGAAAAGGAUGCUGCUCUGGCUUUGCCAUCUUUAUGCCCCAAAUACAGAAAAUUCCAAAAAGCUUUUGGAACUGACAGAGUCCGUACUGUGGAAUCCAGUGUCAAAGACGUUCAUGCUGCUUCUGUUCAGCCAAAUGAGACAUCUGAAAAUGAGUGUCUGGGAAGAAUCCAGGACUGUGCAGAUCUGCAGGUGAUUCUGAAAUGUGAAGAAAGUAAAUUAGCAACAGAACAUGAAGAAACCAGGAAGAAAGAUCCUGCUUCUCAGUGCCCAUCAGAAAAAUCAGAAGUGACUCCUUUCCCCCACAAUUCUUCUGCAGACCCUCAUGGGCUCUAUUCUCUGUCUCUUUUACACACAUAUGACCAAUAUGGUGACUUGAAUUUUGCUGGAAUGCAAAACACGGCAGUGUUAACAGAAAAGCCUUUGUCAGGUACAGAGGUUCCAGAGGAGAAAACAUUUGGUGAAAGUCAGGAUUUACAUUUGAAAUCUGACUCUGGCCCCAGGGAAGACAGUAGCCUUGCCUCCAGCGAUCGGAGUAGUGUGGAACGAGAAGUGGCAGAACACCUAGCAAAAGGCUUCUGGAGUGACAUUUGCAGCACAGACUCUUCUUGCCAAAUGCAGUUAUCACCUGCUGUGGCCAAAGAUGGUUCAGAACAGAUCUACUCACAGAAGCGGUCUGAGUGUCCCUGGUUAGGUAUCAGGAUUAGCGAGAGCCCAGAGCCAGGUCAGAGGACUUUUACAACGUUGAGUUCCGUCAACUGCCCUUUUAUAAGUACUCUGAGUACCGAAGGCUGUUCAAGCAAUUUGGAAAUUGGAAAUGAUGAGUAUGUUUCAGAACCCCAGCAGGAACCUUGCCCAUAUGCUUGUGUGAUUAGCUUGGGAGAUGACUCUGAGACCGAUACUGAAGGUGACAGCGAACCCUGUUCAGCCAGAGAACAAGAAUGUGAGGUAAAACUGCCAUUUAAUGCACAACGAAUAAUUUCACUCUCUCGAAAUGACUUUCAAUCCUUGUUGAAAAUGCACAAGCUGACUCCAGAACAACUGGAUUGUAUCCAUGAUAUUCGAAGAAGAAGUAAAAACAGAAUUGCUGCACAACGCUGUCGCAAGAGAAAACUUGACUGCAUACAGAAUCUUGAAUCAGAAAUUGAGAAACUGGCACUACAACUGAUGAAAACCUGGAGAAGUUUCUGUAGGAAGAUUGCUGCACUGAUGGGCUUCCCUGUCUCCAUGGAAACACCUCCUCAUCAUGAGAUCAUGACAUUGGGAAGAGGAAGACUGCUGAAUGGUUCCAGGCAAUGACCAUGAUGUACAUAGGAUUGGACUUUCCAUUUUGGGGGAUUGAGGGAACGUGGGUGUGGUUUUGGGGAGUUGAUGGAAUGACUACCAAUUGCAUCAUCUCUGGAGAAAGAACUGAAAAAUGAACUAUUUGGUCUGGUUUAGUAAUUAGCUGAAAUUUCUAGAAGCUUCCCUAUGUAGGAGCUGAGUAAGUUGAAUAUUUGUGAGUCCAAGUCACAGAAAAACCAGUUAUUGCAGGAAAACCGGGUGGUGUGUGCAUAUACUGGGACUUUCUUUUGAAAUAAGAUUCUGAAUCUAGCUUUUUGCCUGGAAUUCCAAUAUAAGUAGAAAUUUAAAAAAUACUGCAGUCCUUUCUUUUGAGAGGUUAACCUGUUUAAAGCAUAGCCUGUUAAAAAAACACAGUAGUUUCUUUUAUGGGAAAGCUGUGUCCUUUUUUAUGAGGCUCUAUGAAAAGAAAAUUGCUCUUCAGUAGUAGGGGAAACUUUAAAAGUAGGAAAAGUGAAUAAUAUCUAGUUAUAGUAACUUAGAACCAAUUGUGUCUCUUCUUUUGCUUCCUUUUCUGCUUGGAAGACAGAAAAUUCUAAGCCCACUUCUGACUACAUAGAACUUUAUAGAAGCAAUGUAUUUUUAACAUGAUUUCUGUUAAAUUAUUUAUUUAUUUUCCAGUGCCUCUGUAACUUUAUGUGAAUUUAUCUUAUAUAAUAGUUCAAUAAAGUAGAUAGAUAUAAGAUAUGUGAAAUGAACAGCUUUUCUAUUUAUCAGCAAUAAUUAGCUAGAAAUAAUUAGCUCAGAUAAAAGGUUUACCUUAUGUAACAAUAAAAACAAAAUAACCAUUUCUAGAAAUAAUUCUGGUGAGAAAUUGCUGAAACUUACUUAAAAUACAUUGAAAAGCUAUUUUUGAGAGAUGUCAUGGAAAAUUUAAGUAAAUGGAGAACUAUAUUACAUUUCUGAGCAGGGACAAGGGUGUAUUAGUCAGCUUGGGCUUCCAUAACAAAACACCACAGACUGGAUGGCUUAAACAACAGAAAUUUAUUUUCUUGAAGUUCUAGGGGCUGGACCAAGGUGCCAAUAGGGUUGGUUUCUGGGGAAGCCUCUCUCCUUGGCUUGUAGACAGCCACCUUCUAGCUGUGCCUUCGCAUGGACUUCCGUCUAUAUGUUCACAUAUAGUAUAGCUAACAUAUGUCCCAUAUGGGAUUUCUCUUGUCUUUUCUUCUUAUAUGAUGCCAACAGCAGCCCUAUGGGAUUAGAGCCACACUCUUAGGAUCUCAUUUAACCUUAAUUACCUCCCUAAAGGCCAGGUGUCCAAAUAUAGCCCCAUUGGGGGUUAGGGUUUCAAUAUAUGAAUUUUGAGGGGACACAAUUCAGUCUAAGCAGAAGGAAAACGUGAAGAUAUUGACUCUGGCCAAAUCAGGGGAUUUCCAAUGAAAAUACUAAUAAGAUUUUUAUGUGUUUGGCAGGGUUGGAGAACUUCAAAAAAUUACUCUUCCCUUCAACUGAAAGGAUAAAUACUUCAACACAAAUGAAUAAAAAAGAUAAAUGAGGGUAGGAUGAGGUUGGGAAGAUUAUUCACACCAUGUAUUGAAAAUAUUAUAGUUUCAUGAAUUAAAAAUGUAGAAAUGGGCUGAGGUCAGAAUCUUGGUAGAACAGAAUAGCUAUCCCUGAAUAUCCACUUUUAAAGAUGUAUAAAUAUAUUUAUAUAUUAUAUAUUAUAUUAUAUAUAAUGUGUAUUAAUUAUAUGUUAUGUUUGUAAUAUUUAUAUAUAAUACAAUAUAAUAUAUAAAGUAUAUAUUAUAUAUUUAUAAACAUAUGUAUAAACAUAUACUCUACACAUGAAAUAUAUAUUUCACUGUUUAUAUAGUAUAAAAUAUACACAUAAAUCCUCAGGAAAGAAGAAGUUUUCAUUUGUGUGUGUGGUGUGGGGGGGAUAAAUGAUGUUAGAAAAAAUGGCAAUUGAGGAAAAAUUCCUUACUUCACAUCAUAAUCAAAAACAAAUUCCAGAUAUAUAAUACUUAAAUAAUAAAUCAAAUCAUAGAAAGAUAAAAUGCAAGUGAAUCUUUAUCCAACCUUUGACGAUGCCAGUACUUUGUAAACUCAGAAGUAAUGGGAGUAAAAGUAUAUGGAAGACACAUUUUAGUAGGUAAAAGUCAAAACUUCUGUAUAUUUAAAAAGGAGAAAUAAAAAAAUAAUCAAAAAUUUUGUUGCCUGUAUGAAAGAUGUCAUGGCAGGAUGUGAGGAAACAUCUUGAUUUAUAGUCAGGGUACUCCGUUUGCAUUGGCCAGAUGCCAUGUGAUUACUGACUCUCUUUCUUCCUGAUUAUGUAAAAUAUAUAUGGAUCCAAGGGUAUGUGUGUGUAUGUGUUUUGCAUAUAUGUACGUGGUGGCUGUGUGAGUGUGUGUAAUUUGCUCUUUAAACAGCAUGAUCACAUAUAUUAUUUUCUCCUGCCAGACUGUUUUGAGGACCACCAUGUCUUACCUACAUUGUGGAGUGUCAGGCUCGGAAGAUCAGGACCUGGGUGGGGUGUGAGCCCACUUCACAAAGACCAGGUCUGUUUUCUCCUAUGACAUCUGUUGGUGUUGCUAGGACUCUUUUCUGUCCCAUCUUCUCACGCCCACCGCCUCCGUGAGCCCUUUGAACUUCUCCGCCUCACCUCGGUUCUUUUCUUACACUUUCCUGCUGGAGUGACCGGUCCUGGGAGAUGAGCUGAUGCUCUAUCCUGGACCCAGGGGAGAGGGAGGACUCUCACUGCUGAGGUCAUGUCACUUUUUCUGCCCUUUUCUUCAUGGAUGGGGGCAGGAAGGGAGCUGCAGGGUGAUGGCAAUUAAGCGUAAAAGUGAAAACUAGUUUGGCAGCAAGUUUAAAGCAGUCUCCCAAGCAAAAGCCAAAGGGCUAAUAAUAUCCUUUCUAUAUAAACAUUUGGCAACACUCAGUAAAAAGAACACCAAACUUUGAAAGAUGAACAGGCAAUAGACAUGAACAAGCAAGGUACAAAAGAAAACAUGGAUACUCAGCAAGCAUACAUUCAAGGACUUUGGGGCUGGGCAGCAUGGGUUAAAAUUCUGCCACCUCCUCUUCUUACCUGUGUAUCUUUGGGCAAGUUAGUUAAUCUUUCUAUUUCUCAAUUUCCUCAUCUGCAAAAGGGGGAUGAUGAUGGCACGAAUAAUAACAAUAUUAAUAAUAACAUCUACCUCACAUAGUUGUUUCAAGUACCAAAUGAUUUUAUAAAUGUAAAGCUCUUAGACUAUCCCUGGCACAUACACUAUUUAAGUGAUAUAGAUGAUGAUGAUUAUUGUUAUUUCAUUUGAAAUGUAAAAAAUGUUAAGUAGAAAAACAAUGGAUAGAAAUUGUCUGUUAAAUUAGAAAAAAUAGAAACAAUGAGGGGUAGUGAAAUUGGCACUCUCACACAGGGGGAGGAUUUAAAACAGAUUUCAUGGGGCGCCUGGGUGGCUCAGUUGGUUAAGCGACUGCCUUCGGCUCAGGUCAUGAUCCUGGAGUCCCGGGAUCGAGUCCCACAUCGGGCUCCCUGCUCGGCGGGGAGUCUGCUUCUCCCUCUGACCCUCCCCCCUCUCAUGUGCUCUCUCUCUCUCUCAUUCUCUCUGUCUCAAAUAAAUAAAUAAAAAAUCUUAAAAAAAAAUAAAACAGAUUUCAUGAGAAUAUAUAUAUGUAUAUAUAAAUUAACAUCUAUAUUUAUACAUGCACACAUAUAAAACUCACAAUGGAAUAGUACACAGCCAUAAAAAAAGAUGAGAUCUUGCCAUCUGUAACAACAUGGAUGGACCUAGAGGGUAUUAUGUUAAGUGAAAUAACACACCGAGAAAGACAAAUACCCAAAUACCGUAUGAUUUCACUCACGUGUGGAAUCUAAAAAACAAAAGAAUUGAAUAAACAAACAACAAGCAGGUCAGACCUAUAUAUACAGAGAACAACCUGAUGGUUGCCAGAGGGAAGGGCAAGGGGGGAUGGGUAAAAUGGGUGAAGGGAAGCGGGAGGUACCGGCUUCCAGUGAUGGAAUGAGUAAGUCAUGGGAAUAAAAGGCACAGCAUAGGGAAUACCAUAUUGGGGUAGUGUGGUGUGGAGCUACACUUGGGAGCACAGCAUAGCAGAGAGAAGUUGAAUCGCUCUGUUGUACACCGGAAACUAAUGUAACAUUAUGUGUCAACUAUACCCAAAUAAAAAAAAAUUAAAUAAAAAUAAAAUACGUUUCAUGCUUUGGGAAAGCAAUUUGUUAUUUAAAGCACUUUAAUUAGCCAUAACCUUUGACCCAGUAAUGGUACUCCUAGGAAUCUAUUUUGAGGAAUAAUCCUAGAAAUUCCUUUAUGUAUCAAGAUGUUCAUCACAGUGUUAUUAAGUCUAGUAAAUAGUUGUGAAUAAACCUUUAGAAAUGGAAAAAAGGAAAUCCCUAUACAUAGACACAAAGCUAAGAUUUAUUAAGGGCGUAUCUCGUGUCAGACACUAUGUUCAGCCCUUUUCAUGCAUUUUUCACUUAAUCCUCACAAUAGCCUCAAAAGGCAGAUACUAUUUUUAUCCUCCUUUAGGAGUUUUGUUCAGCCAAUAAACUGUUUAUGAUAAACAUGGAAUGACAUGAGAAAUGCUCUUGGCAAAUGCUAAGUAUAAAAGCAAGACACAUCAGUCCAGUAUUACUAUAAGCAUGCAUAUUAAAUUCUCCCUGUAAAUAAAAAAAAAUAUUGAAAAGAAGUCCAUCAAAGGUGAACAUUUGUUCUUAUUUAUUCAAAUUGGCUUUUGUCAGUACACAUUUAAUCUAGAGACAAUAACCACCCCUGCAAUAAAACUAUAUAAAAAAAAAACAACACAUGAUUUUAAAGAAUAAAAACCUGCAAGAGAAAAAUUUAAGGGCAUGUCAGCCAGAAAUCUAAAAGCAAGAAGUUAUGUUGCACUCAGCUGAAAGCCAAAAUCCUGUUGGUGGCCUUCAAGGCUUGCCAUGUUGGGCUUUGUCCCCUUCUCUCUGGUCUCUCGCCUAGCCUUCUUCGUCUCUUGGCUCCCCAGUUCCAUAAGACUCUUCGUUCUCAGCAUGCUAGGUGCUGUUACUCCAUGGGGCUUUGGCUCAAGUGGUCCUUUAUCCUGGAAUGCUCUUCUUGCAGAUAGCCCUAACCCCCUUCCAGACAACAUCUGUUCAAUGUCGCCUUUUCGAUGAGAAUCCCCUAGCUAGGGGACUGCAUCCUACCUUUAUCCUCUCAUCCUACCUCCAACGCCCCUAUUCUGCUCUUAAUUUUCUCUUUCCAUAAUACCUGUCACCUUCUAACAUAUUAGAGAUUUGGCUUGUUUCUUUUGUCUAGGGUUCAUCAUCUGUCUCGCUCUACCAGAAUGUAAGCUUUCAAGGGCAGGAGAUUGGAGUGAUCCACGCUGCACCUCAAAUACCCAGGACAAUGUCUGGGACAUAGGAGGAUCUCCAAAAUGUCUGUUGACUGUUACUGGUGGUGGUGUCCUGGAUGAGAGAAAGGAAGAGGAGUAAAAAAAAAAAAAAAAAAAUUCCUGAGAUGAGCUCUGGGCAAUGUGAGCAGUGGCUUCCUUGGGAAGUGAUUAUAAUCUUAUGCCUUUUGACUUACCAGGAUUGGUGAUCCUAUUGCAGCUGCGCCCCCAGCCCCCAAAGAAUUGGAUUAAGGCUUCACAGUUGUGAUAUUAUAUGGUUUGCUUUAUCUAGGUUUUACUUUGCUUGUAAAUCAAUCAGUGUCUUACAGUGACUUUAACAUGAGGAAAGGUCCACGGUGUCUACUUUGGAAUGUAUUUUGUUCUAGCCUCCCCCCCACCUGGGCCCGCCCCCACUGUAACUCUUUUCGAUUGUUCUGGCUUUGUCAGAACUCACUGCACAUUCUCUCUCUUUUUUCCUAGCCAUAGAUGGCAGCACAUCACUAACCUAAGAUCAGAUAAACAGGCUGAGUUUGUAAGUCAGAGCUGUUGGUCAGGAGAGAGCAGCUAAUGAGUAAUCAGUCCAAGCUGAAUGGCAAAUUAAUGUCUUCAUUAAGUGAACUAACUGGCUUCCUUUAUAAACAAGGUCAGGGUAUUUAUAAUCUCAUGCAUUUCGUAAAGCAAAAUGCAUCUACACUGAUGUAAGUUCACUAUGGAACCCACGAUUUAUCUGCAGGAAGCAUACGCAGAAUCUCACGUGGAAACCAUCUUUAAUAAGGAUCCGUGCCAUAUUCUGAUGUAAUCAUUAAUAAAAGUCACCUUUGCUCCAGA